AUGUUUUAUUUGGGGGUCAUCCACACCACAUUUAACUCAUUAAUUGGUCACUGGACGAAAAUUCAAUUGAAUGUCACCACGACCACGGUCCACGACCACGGUCCACGACCACGGUCCACGACCACGGUCCACGACCACUGUCCACGACCACUGUCCACGACCACGGUCCACGACCACGGUCCACGACCACGGUCCACGACCACGGUCCACGACCACGGUCCACGACCACGGUCCACUACCACGGUCCACUACCACGGUCCACGACCACGGUCCACGACCACGACCACGACCACGACCACGACCACGACCACGACCACGACCACGACUACGACCACGACCACGACCACGACCACGACCACAACCACGACCACGACCACAACCACGACCACGACCACAACCACGACCACGACCACAACCACAACCACAACCACAACCACAACCACGACCACGACCACGACGACUUGA